AUGGCAUCAAAAAAAGAGAAUCAUGACUAUCUUUAUAAAAUUAUCAUGGUUGGUGAUCCUCGCGUUGGAAAAACCAGUUUCUUGAUUAGAUAUAUAAAAGGAGUUCUUCCUAAGAGUCCAAUGCCAACUAUAGGUGUAGAAUAUUUAUCAAAGUAAGUUUUAUUAUCUGGAGGAGAAGGCAUUGUAAAAGCAUAGAUCUGGGAUAUGUCUGGAUCAGAAAAAUAUAAAUCAAUUUCAGUAGCACAUUAUCGCAAGAGUGUAGGAGCUUUAUUAUUCUUCGAUUUAACUGAACUUGAGUCCUUUAAGAAUACCAAAAAAUGGUUAUAAGAAAUAGAAAAUCACACAGAAGAAGGAAUCAAAAUUAUGUUGAUAGGUAAUAAACUAGAUUUAAUAGAAGAAGACCCUUCAUAGCGUAAAGUAGAUAAGCAAGAAGUAAUUGAGUUUGCAAAAAAACAUAAUUUAAUUUAUGAGGAAACAAGUGCAGUUAGUGGUAAAAAUGUCAAGGAAUCAUUUUAGACCUUAAUCGAAUCAAUUUAUCGCGAUAGUGUAGAAAAUGGUUAGGAUUAUAAGCCCAAACUCACCAAUGAUGGACCCAUAGUAAUUAAGAAAGAAGAUUUGGAAAAGCCAAAAUAAUCUAAUGAUUGCUGCUGCAAUUGA